CUCAAAGAGAAACCGAGAGGGGGACUCCCGCAUCACCCUACCCACCGGACCCCAUUCCCGCUCAUCCACCUUUGCUAUCGUUUCUCUUUCCGUCGCGUCUGGGCCCUCCAUCCAUCGCAUCACCCCAAUCCCGAAAAUGAAGCCAUCCCCUCUCUUCCUUGCCGUCUGUUGCCUGGUUGCCGUGCCCGCGCUGGCCCAGCGCGACACGCCUUUGGAAGGCGCCUCGUUCCUCGAUGCGGCGGGCCCGGUGGGCGAUGUGGCCGCCUUCACGAGCAACCUCGUCGCCACGACGACAAGUGCCCUGCCCACCUUCGGGGGGCUCAUCACCUACGAACGCGCACGUACCAACGGAAGGAGACAAGCAGCCGAGCGUGUGACACACACAAGCUCCCCUCUGAUUGUUGUGUCUUCGUGUUCAUCUUUGGCGCAGAGUCGCUGCUUGAUCAGUUCCCUCUCCGAUGGGACUUGGACAGCCUCCUGACCAGUGCGAUUGAGGCCGGCAUUGACAUUCCCAAUGCAGGGGCCGAGGGCCUGGAGGACCUGCUGCGCAGGGCCACCGUCAUGGGCACGCCCUUGAGGCUGGAGAUGCUCAUGGAGCUACCCGACCUCCAGGGCUACGAGCCAUCCGUCUAUCCCAAACUUGAGGAGUUCCUGCAGCUUGGUCGGUGCCCCUGCACUCACUCAUGGGACGCACCGUCAGCUCUUGCAUGGUGUCUCUGCCUGUGCGAUUGUGUGUGUCCAUGCAGUGGUGGCCCAUGCCCGUUCGGCGAUCCGCCUUGGUAGCCAUCCUGCGGACAAGGUGUGGUCAUUCCUCGACUACGUGACGACCCGCGCUGCCGAGCUGGCGCGCCACCUGCCCCCGUACUUCUUCAAGGGGGGAAACAUCGAGGAGCUGCUCAAAUUCGACAGUGACACCAUCAUCAAGGUAAGGUGCAUGCCUUCCUCCCUGCGACCCACAGCCCAGCCUUUGUGUCUCCUUCUCUGUGUGUGUCCUUCUAGAAUGCGCUUGAGAUGCUGACUGGGAUCCCCACCAGAUUCCCGGGCGACAUCGUGGACCUGUCCAAGCUGAUCGAGGUGGACCUGGAGUGGCUGGGCCCCAAGGGCGCGAUCCUCUACAACCCCGCGAGCCUCACCAAGCUGCCCUAUGGCAGCCUUGACGAACUCACCAAGCUCAUCAUGGUGAGUGAGCGUACACACACGCAUCCACACGUCCACACGGCUGGGCUGUAUUGUGCUCCUUCCUUGGUAGAAAAUGUUUCACACGCUGCGGCCCGUCGGGAAGGACGACCUGCAGAAGACCUUCCCCGCCCUCGGUGUGCACGCCGUCAUCGAGGCGAUGGAGAUGUUCCUCAACGAUUACAUCCUGCCGGCCUACAAGACAGCCAUCGGCCCGUGGACCAAGAUCGCAGACGGAUUCACCGGCUACAUCGACGCCUUCACCCACUUCAUCGCAAGCAUGACUGCCGAGGGUAGGUACUAUCCUCCUUGCAACACUCACAUCCAUCAACUCAACCUGCACACAGACGGACGUCCCCCAUGUCUGUGUCUCUCUGUCUCUCUGUCUCUGACUCACCCACCCACCCACGUGCAGGUGCCAAGGUGUUCCUGCAGCUGGGCGACGAGCUGCCAGGCAGGAGCGACCUGGUCGCGUACUUCGAGAAGGUCACCGCCUCCCUCUUCGCCGACGCCUCCAAGCUCAUCCCCACCUGCGACCGCUUCCUGCCCAAGUCCUUCGAGUGGUCCCUCUGCGAUCUCUUCUUCAGCCAGACAUUCGGCCCCAAGGCCAGACGGCGCCUCAUGUACGACCCUAGCAAGCCCCCUAGCAAGACCCGAGCCGGCGAGGUGACCAUCAUGCAGACGGGGAUCGAGUCCGUCCCCACGCUCAUCAGCGCAGCCAUCCAGCCGAUCUCCAUUGGCCACGACCUGCUGAAGCCCCUGGCCGACAUCUUCAUGGGCGACAGCCACCACAAGAAGGUCGAGUACACCGACCUGGAGCUCGACACCUUCCUGAAGGAGGUCCUGGCGCCGUUCGUCCACAUGAUGCAGGAGCUCGCCGCCACCUUCCACAAGAUCCUCGCGGCGGGCGGCUACUCAUGCGGGAAGGCCGACUGCGAGACCGAGAAGCACGUCUUUGAGCACCUCAUGAGCAUCAAUGUGGUUGAGGGGUUCAAGCUGCUCCAGCCAGCCGCCGGAUACUCCACGAGUAAGAGAGUGCUGCCACACGAACCGAUAGGUACCCAUCUUCUCCUGAUCCUUGGGUGCAGAGGUGGCAUCCGAUUUGUACCACUUCAUGACCCGCCUGGCCAAGGAGGUGAGACACACACCAUAUGUCUUCCCUCUCCCCCAGCUGCCCCGCUCUCCUUUUCUGCAUACUACGAGUGGGUAUGUGGUUGUGUUGUGGUGUCUUGUGGUGUGUGUGUUGUGUGUGACUUCAGCUGUUUUACGAGGCCAAGUCGUACGCUGAGAGCUUCCCCAAGCUGCCAGUCCUGCCUCCCCCGCCCCCCAAGGUGCCCGUCCUGCAGCCGCUCGACGCACUCAAGCACCUCGACGACCUCGCUGCCCACAUUGCGGUGCACACACAACAGGGAGGGAGCAGCCACAUCGAGCACUGCCUACAUCGGUCCUCUUGUGUAUGCACACGUAGGGCGAGCUGACGAAGCCGAUUGGAGGCGGUGGGACUGUCCUGGCCGGCUUCUUCAAGACCGCCAAUGGCAAGACUGUGGAGUAUCUUGACAUGUUUGUCAAGGAGCUCGUCAAGGCCUUCCAGCCCGUCAGCAAGCUCUUCAAGGGCGGAUUUUACGAGAUCGCAUCCAUCAACUUCAUCUCGCAUGAGGGCGGCAAGAGUAAGACAGACACACAGCACCCCAACACUUCUGUCUGCAGCACGGCACAACCAGCAGCAGCAGAGACAUGUAUGUAUCUGCCGCUGUGUGUGUCUGUCUCAUGGCGUUGCGUAUGCAGUGCUGCGCGACUUCCGCCGGUACUUCGACCUUUCAGGCCCCAUCGACGAGAAAUCUCGCGCCAGUUACCUGAGAGACGUGGCGGCGGCGAUCAUCAAGGACGCCCAGCUGCGCAUCCCCACCAUCGAGCAUCUGGUGGACGGCUUCGACAAGGGGCUGUUCAAGCUCUUCCAGGACGCUCUCAAGGGCGGCUACGAGAUCACUCCCUCUCUCCUCACCGGGCUGCCCAAGCCAGUCAUGGACCUCCUGAGCCCUGAUGAGUGGGGAAGCUUCCUCCAGCACAUCCUGGCCCCCUUUUUAGAGCUGCUGCGGCUGGGCGGCGACAGGCACCACAAGGAGGCGGGGCCCGACCUCUCCAAGGUCUUCGACGACUACCUGCCCAAACUCGCGGUGAGUAGUGCGUCAGGUGGGGUGCAAAGGGUCGAGACGGUCGACAAUGGUGGCACACCAUGGGCCAUGGUGUGUAUGGGUGUGUCAGGUGGACGGCUACCACGUGCUGCUGGGCCAGCUGACUAAGACCUUCACCGCCAUGCUGCCCGCGGCCAUCUCGAUGCCCCCGCUGCUCAAGGAGAUCCAACAGCUCAUCACCAACCUCGCCAAGGAGUGGCUCGCCAUCGCCGAGCACUUCGUCGGGGCCUUCAGCAAGCUGCCCUUCCUCCCCCCGAUGCUGCCCCACGUGCCGGACCUCCUCAACGUGGACGACUACUUCAAGGGCUUCCUUUCGCUCAUUCCCCCGCCGCCCCCCGGGUUUCCCAAGGGCCUGCCCAUCUACAACCCCUUCGAGGACCUCCUGGUCGUCCCCAGCAAGAUCGCCGGCUGGCUGGUGGGCAUCGGGGGCCAGAUCCCCCUGCCGACGAUCCCCUUCCUGGACGUGCUGACCUAUGGCGGGUCGAUCGUGGCCCCCGACAUCCCCUUCUUGAAGGAGUUCACCGAGAUCCUGAGUGGCUUUGCGCACAACGGUGCCGGGCUGCUGACAGGCAAGUGGCUGGCAGGGUUCAAGAAGUUCAUGGCGGUGCCCGAGAAGAUCAUCAAAUUCGCCAUCGACUUCCUUGUCAAGGUCGCACACAUGGUACGUCACCUUAUGUUGGGAGGGUGGACGGGGGGAUGGGAUGGGUGGCCCCCUACCUGCAAUCCGGUCUGGUUAUUGCCGUUUCUCUCUCUCUCUCUCUCUCUGUUUUCUGCGUGUGAUGGCAGGUGACGAGCCAGAUGGCUCUGUUUGACCCACAGCAGUAUCGCGGCUACAUCGACAUGGUCGCCACUUUCGCUUACGGCAAUCUCAACAAAGUAUGUCGCACUCGCUCACUCACUGCAAUGCCCGAAAAGUUCCCACACGUCGCAAGGCGAACAGACAGCAUGCCUCCGUCAUCUGCGUGCGCGUGUGUGUGUAUGCAGCUGAUUACGUAUCUGACUGAUCUGGGGCUGCCGGGUCUCGACAAGGCCACGGGAGACAUCAGGGCCUUCAUCGAGAACAUCAUCACACACACAAGUAGGUGGUGGGAUGGAUACCCGCUUUGCCCGCUCACGUGUGAACGCGUGUGUGUUUGUGUGUCUGUGUGUGCAGUUGAGGAGCCCGCCAACUACAUCAUGUCGAUGACCAGGGAGCUGCUGGGCGCAUUCCUUUACAGAUUCGACGAGCUCGUCCACCCAGACUAGUAAGAUCCCAAUCCCCCACCCCCCCGGCGCACCCGACUCCCACAGGGAUGUCCUCAUGUCUCUCUCUCUCUCUCCGUCUCUCUCCCUGUGUGUGUGCAGCGACGACUUUGAGAAACUGGUGAAGGAUACGAUUGACAAGACCACCGUCAGGGAUUCAGACAUCGACAAGGUCAUCAAGGGCAUGCUCGGCACCACCCCCUCUCUGUCACUCGACACCAAGGCCCUCACCGACCUCCGCCAGGAGGUCACCGCAUUCUUCGAGACAAUCGUCACACAGCGCGGCAAAAUGGGAGCCGCCUUCAACACCAAGCGACAAAGGCGACUGCAGGUGGCCAGGGCAGUCGCUGUCUCAACCAAUGCCCUCAGUGCUCUCAGCGGACUCACGGUAAGGGAGCCAGCCAGGCAGGCAGGCCAGCAGGCCAGCAGGCCAGCAGCCACAAUCUGUGCGUUUGUCCAUGUGCGUCUGUGUCAGGACGACUACCUCAUUCGCCGCGCGUCAACGGCACUGCAAUCCACGAUGUUCAGCCUGGCCGAGCCCCUCAUGUGGGGAUUUGACCGAGCCAUCGCUCAGACACCACUCGGCGCCCUGGCCAACGUCGCCUUGGCCACACCACUGCCAGGAUUGGUCGCCACAGGCCUCACACCCUUCACAGGAUUGGGCGCCCCCCUCACGGCGGCACAGAAGGGCGCUGAAGCGGCGCUCCACUUGUUCGGCGAGGCGGCAGCGCUCUUCAGCCCCCUCCCAAAGGGGUACCCACACCUGCUGUCGGGCAUCACGGAAGCGGCCACGUCCAUCUUCGAUCCCACCUCUCUCCUGCCAAUGCUGUCGCAAACCACAAUGAUUGACGAGCUGCUCGGCGGCAUGGGCCUGCAAGCCGGCGCGUCCAUCCUCAAGUCUCUCACAUCGGGCAUCCCCACCCUCCCCCUGAGCAUCGCCAACAUCCCUCUGCUCGGGGGUGCGGGCGGCCUGGGCGGCCUGCUGGAGCUGCCGGCGUCCUUCGCCAAGACGGCCACGUCCCUGCUCGACGCCGUGACGCCGGUGGAGAUGGUGGCCCUCGUGCAGAUGUUCCUGAAGCCCUCGUCGUUCACGGGGCACGGGCUGGCGCAUACGGUUGGCGGGCUGCUGGGUGACCUCCCCAAGAGGCUGGACGACCUCGGCUGGCAGGGGGACAAGAAGACCCUCGGCGACAGGAUCGACAGAUUCGUGUCCAUCGUUGCCGGGAGGAAGGAGACGGUAUUAAUGAUCGAUGCACGGGCGGACAGAUGUGUGUGUCAUGACAUGUGUGGCGGGGGAACUGUUUGUUGUGUUGUGUGCAGUACGACAAGGAGCACAAGAAUGAGCCUGCCAAGGUGCACGCCUUCGGCGACUGGAUGUUCCUCCGCACGCUGGUCGAAGCCAACCGCAUGGCGCUGUACCUCAUCGCCAAUCCCGAUGUCGCCAUCAAGACAAUCGACGAGUACUUCACACAAACGGUGCGGACCGAUGCAUAUGGGAUACAAUGGCAGGCAAAAUCGGAGACAGACAGACAGACAGAUACUUGUUGCGUACGUGCGUGUGUAUGUGCAGGCUGACUCGCUGUUUAAGGAAGGCGUGCACUUCAUGGACAGCUGGUCGAGCCCCUUCUUCAGCGGCAACAGGCUCUUCUACGAGAGCAUCGACUGGGGGAAGAUAAUCUCCCUCCCAGGCGGAAUCGAAAACAUCGCCGAGGCCGGCGCGCGGCUCGGCCUCUUCAAGUGAUCCUCUCCAUCCAUCCUCCCAUCCAUCGAUUCUCGUCCCUUGUUUGGUCAAUCCGUGAGUGAGUGAGUGAAUACAUGUGUGUGUGCAUGUGUGCGUGAGGCACAUAACAAACACCACACCCUGUAACCAUAGGCUCUAUCUUUUUGGGCCAGUCACGUCACGUCACUCAUCAAAUCAUGCAUGCCCUCUUUUCUUUCAGCCCGCCCGCCCACCUGCUGGCUGCCCGCCCGAGCCCCCGUCUGGCUGGCUGGCUGGCUGGCUGUCUGUCUGGCUGUCUGGCUGUCUGCCUGUCUGCUAAUUCGCCAUCGAUACAGCUAGGCAUCUUGUGCGUUCUGUCGGUCGGUAUCUAUGCAGGUGUGGCUGAUGGCUGGACGGAUGGAUGGAUGUACCACCUGUGCGCCUGUGCCUUCCUGGUGUUCCGUGAGGGUUUUCAAGCGCUGGCUGACUGACUGACUGCCUUGCUGGCUUCAUUCGUCUGCAAGUAUACAUGCGCCAGCCGAUAUGUGUGUGACAGUGUGUCUGUCUGUCUGUCUGCAUGACGAUAUAUGUCGAUGAGUGCAUCCGUGGACAAGGUGGGUGGGCGAGAGGGCGUGUGGAGGGGAGGGGAGAGGAGGGGUGGCUUGAGGCAGUUCACGAGGUGGGUGGAUGGGCGGAGUGGGCCGCCUCUCACAAAGAUAUGUCAGGCACACAUGCCGAAAAGGACCAUGAUGGGCCGUCGAAUAAGACAUUGACCCGUCGCCGAAUUGAAUCGCAAACACGUUUGACUGAGA